AUGUGUUUUACGUCGCAUGCAGUUCCUAGUACGAUGAACCGCAAAAGGGAAAAGGUGAAGAGUACAUGGCUGAAUGUGGAAUCCCCAAGAAAGCUCAGGAAGAACCGUGUGGGUGUAGUACAGUCAACAUGCGGGGAUGGAGAUGGUCAGGAUGGUGGUAUGAGUGAGGUUAGCUCUCCUGGACUCAACACAUCUACUGGGUCAGCUGGACUGGGCCACAUGGAGAACAUGUGUCUCAGCACUCCAUGCAGUUCACCCAAAACACGGUUAAAACUGACUAGACACCACAGAGCAGUGUCAAGAAAAAAGAGUCCUGGUGAGGACACUGUUUCAGGACAAUCCUCUGUUGGACCUCCACCUCCUUCUGCUGGAAAGAAUUGCAGAAAUCCAGGAGAAGGGCAGAAAGUAAUUCUCCUCAAAGCACUGAAUGAUGCAAUGGGGUAUGCAAACAAAAAAUCAUCAGUUGGUGGGCCUAAAAGUCUAUCUGCAAAGAAAACCCCAGACAAGCUUAUAAAGGCAAUUGAGGAGGAAAGUACCUCUGAGCUGGACUGCUGCUCAUUCAAAGAGAAGAAUGACCAACUGAUCACGAAUACAGAGGAUAGGCCUCCCUCUCUGGAGUUCAUAGAUACACAAGAUGAUGGGACAGAAAUAAAGCUGGACACCAGGAGUGUGAUUCUGAAGCAUCCAGAAUCGCUGGAUUGGUCCGAUGAUGAAGACUCCGAGGGGCGACAAACAACUGAGCUUAAAAGGGAUUGUAAGCUUGUGGACUUCAGUAACACUCCUCCACCUUUGGAAAGCAAGACUUACUCUUCAUCACCAGCUUUAAAGUCUUCAAUAUUCCCACAAGCCCUGUGGGAACUGAAGUCACAAGGUUGUUGUGACACUUCUCCAACAAUCCCAGCCAGGGAUAUGGAGCUCUUGUCAGAGCUUCCGCCUCAGAACACUGCCUUUGACCUCGAGCCACCCAAGAACUACUCGCAUUGUAGGACAGUUCGGCGGUCACUCAAAUUACAACAGUCUAUCCCCAGGCUCAGAACGUUUGAUUACUCGCCUCUUACUACACGCAGGACUUCAGAAUCAAAUAUUUACGCAUCCUCACAUAUGCUCCAUGCUGCGGAUAGUGCCACUCGCGGGAUGUCUGUUGGCUCUGAGCCUCUUUGGCUGUCAGAUUUGAACUACUCAAAAGCAGAUUCUGCAGGAUUUAUUGACACGCACUGUCAUCUUGACAUGCUUUAUGGGAAGUUGGGUUUCCGGGGUAGUUUCAAAAAGUUUCAGAGCAAGUAUGCAAGUAGUUUCCCAAUGGAGUUUAUGGGCUGCAUUGCAGAUUUCUGCAACCCACGAAUCACUGAAAGAGAGGCCAUCUGGGAAGGUCUACUGGGAGAGGAGAAAGUGUGGGGAGCCUUUGGUUGCCACCCGCAUUUUGCCAAGGAGUAUAACCAUGGUCAUGAGCAAAGCAUCAUGGGUGCUAUGCGUCACCCUAAGACCAUUGCAUUUGGAGAGAUUGGUUUGGAUUACUCCUAUAAGAAUUCUACAGACUCAAGGAAGCAGAAAGAGGUGUUUGAACGUCAGUUGCAGUUGGCCGUCUCUCUCGGGAAGCCUCUUGUCAUACAUUGUCGUGAUGCUGAUGAUGAUGUCCUGAAAAUUAUGAAGAAGUGUGUCCCACAAGAUUACAAAAUACACAGACACUGUUUUACCAACAGCUACUCUGUGAUUGAGCCGUUCCUAAGUGAAUUCACUAACCUGUGUGUGGGUUUCACUGGACUUGUGACGUAUCAUCAGGCUGUGGAGGCUCGAGAAGCCGUGAAGAAAAUCCCACUCGACAGAAUCUUACUGGAGACAGAUGCACCAUAUUUCCUACCUAGACAGGUGCCUAAGUCCACAUGCAGGUUUGCUCACCCUGGUAUGGGCAUACACACACUGCAUGAGAUUAGUCUGCUGAAGGGAGAGAGUCUAACCACAGUACUGCAAACAGUCCGGCAGAACACUAGACAUAUAUACGGUCUGUGAUUGGAAACUCCUUCUUACUGAAUGCAGCUGAAGUCCUUGCGAUCUUAGUCCAGCUGCUAUUAGCUUAGUCUUGCAUUUUUGGCAUUUUUUGUCUUGAAUUUGAUUUCUUUGACCCUUUCAUUGUGUGAAAAAAAUGUCUGCAAAAAAGUUAAAAUGUAUAUUUCCAUGUACUGUAGUAUGUGCUAAUAAGUGUAUUAGCAUUGAUACUUAAGUUUUGUAAUUGUUGUAGGUACUUUCACAUGUUAAAAAAAGUUAGCAAUGAUUAAUUUUAAUAUCUCUUCAGUCUUGUUUUAAAAUGGUUCUUUGCCCUCAGGAUACAUUUUUCAUGUGUCUGCAUACAUUCUUACAUGUUAUGUAUGCUUGUG